AAACUUGAACAAAAACGAUUAGAGCACGAACGUCAACGAAACGAACAACGUAAAAGAUUUGAAGCUCAGAUGAAAAUCCUCGAACUCCAACAACUCAAAGAAGAGCAAGAUUUGCUCGAAAAACAUCAUGCGGGAGGGUGUUCGUCUGUCCAAAGCGCUAGUGCGCCAAAUACUCCACCUUCUUUGACUUCAAAUGACUCUCGCCCUCGAUCAGAUACAAUGCUUCAAUCUUCAAUGGAUACAAAUAUAUCUAAUCAGUUUGAUUCAGUUCAUUCCGAGUCAUCUCAUAAUAUACAACAGCGAUCACACACAUCAUCUCGUUCUGUUCCAAAUUCACGUCGUAAUUCAAAUGAAACCCCCGAAAAACCCUCAUGGCCUGAAGUAGGAAAACUAAGCCUUGAUUUAAAAGACGAUAAUUCUGAGAAUGUUGAAAAAGAUUUCAUACGAGCAUCGAUUGGAAAAAGUACUUCAAACUUGCAUAAAAAUUCGGUUCGUUUAUCUGAUGCUACAUCAGUUAACGCACCAAAUAAUGAUGCUUCUCUUUUCCCUCAAUUUAAUGGAAAUUUUUUACUCGAUGAUGAUGGUGAAACCUCUGAGACAGGUUUGAACGUGUCCUCAUCAUACGUCCGUAGGUACCUUCAAAUGCACAGCGAUGAUGACAAAUUUCCAAUACUAGUUCGUCGCGAUAGUUAUCCUGGCAUGUUGUCCGCGUCUUCUGCUGCACUCGAUCUUGCUUCUUUACGUCAAACACCUUCGCGUCAUCGAGGAUUAGAUUCUAUACUAAAUUCAGAUUGGGCAUAUGCUUAUCAACAUCAAUCUGACGAAUUAUUAGCUGAUUGCCCAACAUCACGUGCUAAUUUAGACAAGUUAGCUCCUUUAUUCUCAGAAAACCAAGUCUCUGGUAAAUCUACAGUGACUACCCCCACUGCUACUAGUUCUGCUUCAAAUACUGGUUGUUCGAACGGAUUUUCUUAUAUAAGUGAUAGAAAAAAAUUGGACAAUAUUGUGACUGAAAAUUCAUCAACUAAACAAAGGAUACCCAAGCUUUCAACGUCGUUUUCUACUCCUGAUUUAGCCAGUGCUACUCGUUUGUUUGGUCGUCGGUCGACUAACUUAAAUGGUCAAUCAGCGAGAGAUUUAUUCAUUGAUUCGGAUAACCAAAUGUCUCAAAAUGUUCCAUUACAAAACAAUAAUGAUCUUACCGGUAAUGGUAUCUGUCGUUUUUUCCAACAAGGCUUUUGCUCAUGGGGUGAUCGAUGUCAAUACGCACAUACACAUACUUUUAACGGUAUAUCACCGGUAAACAUGGGUCUUACUGCUCAAAUGAGUGCUUAUCCUGGUGUCAUACCUCAAAUGAAUAAUACUACUGCUUUCUAUGGACAAUAUGGUAUGACGGGUAUCAGUGGAAUUAACAUGAUACCAGGAUCAAAUGGUUUCGGUUAUAAUCAAAACUUUGCCUUAAAUGCUGCACUCAAUAACAAUGCUAAUGGUAUGAGAUCCAUGAUGCACGUUAACAACUUGACAUUCUCUAAAACGAACCAAAAACGAUUAAGUGGUGAUCUUGAAGAUCCUUUUGGUAAUUAUCUUUGCCAAAAGCUUCUUGAAUAUUGUAACGAUGAUCAACGUACAAUAAUUAUUGAGACUGUGGCACCAGAAUUAGUAAACAUUUCUCUAAACAUGCACGGUACGCGCGCUGUUCAGAAAAUGAUUGAAUUUCUGUCAACUCCAACACAGAUUCGUAUUGUUAUUGUGGCUUUGAAUCCUAAUGUUGUUCCAUUGAUCAAAGACUUGAACGGAAACCAUGUAAUUCAAAAGUGUUUACACCGUUUGAGUCAUGAGGAAAAUCAAUUCAUUUAUAAUGCUGUAAGCAAAAACUGUAUUGAAGUUGCCACACAUCGACACGGUUGUUGUGUACUUCAACGAUGUAUUGAUCGUGCUAGUGAAUCUCAAAAAAUUCAACUAGUUACUGAAAUUACGUUUAAUGCACUCACCUUGGUACAAGAUCCUUUUGGUAACUACGUUGUUCAAUAUGUCUUAGAUCUUGGUGAUAGUCGAUUUACAGAUGCUUUGAUUCGUAAAUUCAUUGGUAAUUUAUUACGGGAUUCUUAUGCAAAUUACGUUGUACAGACCUCUCUUGACUACGCUGAUCCGAUACAACGAGCUCAAUUGGUAGAAUGUAUUCGACCCCUUUUACCAGCUAUUCGCAACACGCCAUAUGGUAAACGAAUCCAGGGUAAACUUCAUCGUGAGCAGAUGCAAGCUUUAAACACCAUCAACAAUUUCCAUUUAAUGGAUUGGGCAAUUUUGGAAAUAUGGGUAUGA